AUGCUGAACAGGACCGUGCCAGACCAGGAGGAAGAGCUAUCCCAAAAACCCUGCGACAUGGGCUGGUACAGCUUUAGCGGACACUGCUAUAAGUACGUUGCUUCACAAUUGGAUUGGGCCGACACUGAAUCUUACUGUGUGGCUCAGGGAGCAAACCUGGCCUCAAACCUGGCCAUAGUGCAUAGUGAAAAUGAACACAAGUUUAUCCAGAACCUGGUCAAGAGUCAAGACCCUGCAGAGAGGUACACCUGGAUCGGGCUGUAUGACACUGACAAGGAGGGCAGGUGGGUGUGGUCUGAUGGGUCGAAGAUGGACUUAAUAAUGAAGACUGUGAAGACAAACUUUGACCAACUCAAGUUGUGA